UUUUUUUUUUAAAUUGAGUUAACAAGGAAAGUUUAUUUAUUUGUUUAUAAUUAUUACCUAAUUAUUCAUUUAUAGGUGAUAAUAGUAUUAAGUGUAGUAGGUAUAGUUUUUAAACUUGAUAGAACUAUGAAUUCUUCUAAAGCCAUAAGAUGUAGCAUUCCGUUAACGAGGCUGCAUAAAAUCAAUAGUAUUUCUGUUGGUCGUAGAAUUUCUACAUACCCUCAACUAUUACGGAAAUAUUCAAAGGUUGCUGGGAUUGCAGGAGCAGGCAUUACAAGUGUCAUAACAUAUGGGCUAAUGUCUGACUUCAGAGUACAUGCGUUUUCAAAGAAAAAAAGAGAAAAUGACGAAUAUCUAAGUGGUCUACACUUGACAUCACGUGAAAAACGUUUCAUUAAAUUCGCUUCAGUUGAAUAUCAUGGACAACUUUAUAUGACUCCGCAAGACUUUUUGGAAUCAUUCGUCGACGAACAGCCUAGAGCUCGACUUCAGAGACACUUAAUGGUAGAUAAGGAUUUAGAAGAAUUUCGUGAUAAAGUGCCUGGGCUUAAAAAAGGAUCUUCACAACUUUUUCGAACACUCCGAGACAAAGGAAUCAUAUCUUAUACAGAAUAUUUGUUUUUAUUAUCUGUGUUAACUAAACCACAGAGUGGAUUUCGUAUAGCAUUUAAUAUGUUUGAUACGGAUGGAAACCAUAGAGUAGACAAAAAUGAAUUUCUGGUGAUAAUACGGCUCCUAGCUGGAAAACCAGCCCUCAGAAUAGAUCUUAAUAAACAUGCUAAAGAAAUUUUGUCCCAAUUAUCUACGAAACAAGUCAGUGUCAAUCAAUGGAUGCCGGACGAAGAUUCAAACAUCAUUAAUCGCGCUGCUAAUGAAUUGAUGGAAAAGAUCUUCAGCCAGUCUUGGAAAGACAAACACGGUGUGGAAGACGGCAAGUCUGACACGGAUAAAAUAAACGCCGACGAUUUUGUGGAUGACGCUCAGGGUCUACAGAAGAAGCAUUUAGUCGACACUACGUUGAUCGUUCAUUUUUUCGGCAAAAAGGGAGACAACGUACUACUGUACGAAGACUUCAGAAAUUUCAUGGAAAAUCUACAAACUGAAGUACUUGAAAUGGAGUUCCAACAGUUUGCCAAGGGAGGAGAUACCAUUAGCGAAAUGGAUUUUGCCAAAAUAUUAUUGAGAUACACUCACUUGGAUACAAAUCUGUGUGAUACAUAUUUAGACCGAUUGUUGGAGAGAAUCAAAAUGGACAAAGGCAUACCACCAGGUAUUUCGUUUGACGAGUUUAAAGUGUUCUGUCAAUUCUUAAACAAUUUGGAAGACUUUACUAUUGCUAUGAGAAUGUAUACACUAGCUGAUCACCCUAUAUCUAAAGACGAAUUUCAUAGAGCUGUUAAGAUAUGUACAGGAACCAGUUUGAGCAAGCAUCUUGUGCAUACUGUGUUUGCCAUAUUUGAUGAGGAUGGUGAUGGUCAAUUGAGUUAUAGAGAGUUCAUUGCCAUUAUGAAGGACCGACUAAAUAGAGGAUUCAAGUCGUACACAAAAAAUGAAGGAUGGGAUGCAUUCAAAAUUUGUUUAAAACAUGAAAUCAAAACUCCUAAUUAAUAAUAACUCCUUGUUUUAUUUUAUUAAAUGU